AGAAACCCGGAAGUUUUGAAUCCUGCAGCUGACAGCGAGCGUUGUAAAUGCUUUCUGUGUUGUCGGUUUGUUUGUGUUUUUUUAUCCUGAGAGAGACAUAACUAUCCUGUUUCUCUUCACAACAGUGCCUCCUGUGAACCGGGGUGAAGCUCCCUCCAGUACCCGGCCAGCCGUGCAGAUGUCGGGCUUCGACCUCCUCCCGGUGGACGGUGGUGGCGGGGAACCAAUCCACCUUCCGCCAGGAGAAACGGUGCUGGGCAGGGGGCCCUUACUGGGAGUCAGUGAUAAGAGAGUUUCCAGACUUCACGGGCGGCUGGAGAACCUAAACGGAGAGCUGCGCAUCAAACCGACCCACCUGAACCCGUGCUUUGUUCAGUCUUCGCUGACGGACGACCCCCGCCCUCUGCAGAGAGACGUCUGGUUCCCUCUUCAGGAUGGAGAUUUAUUCUCGCUGAUGCCGGGUCAGUUUAUCUACAGGGUGGAGACCGUGGGCAGAGGACAGCGCACUCCCAGAAACAGUCAGAUGUUUGAAGCAGAAGAAAAAGAAGAAGAGGAGCUUCUUGUUUCUCCUGAGCCAGACGUGGAACCACCUCCUGCUGUUGGACAGACUCCACCUCAGGACGAGUCGACACCAGCAGAUCCAUCAGAACAGCAGGAAGCCGCCAGCAGAGGUUCAGCCAAGGUUUAAUCUGCACAACCAAAAGAGGAAGAAGAGGACGAACAAAAUCUUUCAGUGAACAGGAGGAGAAUUUUACCCGCCUGGAUGAUGGCGGCUGCUUCACACAGCGCCUCCUCCUCCCACUCCUACUCCACUCCCAAAGGGGUAAAGAGAAGUAAAGGACCUUCAUCCAGCACUAAAGCAGCCAAACAGUCCACUCCCACGAAGACCUCCUCACCUGAAGAGGAGCUCAGCGAGGAGGAAAUGCCCAAGAAGAGGAGAAGGAAGAUGAGCGAUGAAGAACAGGAAGCCACUCCGUCUAAAACAGAUGUUCCUUCAGAGCAGCCCUCAGGUCAUCUUCAGAGCGAAUCCAACAGGUCUGAGAUCAGCAAGGAGUCGGACUGCUUUCCUAUGGAGGAGGAUGAGGAGGAAAGAGAGGCAGGAACAUCUGCAGCCGACACCGAAACACAGACAAAGGAAAUCAGUCAAGCCGAGAACGAGGAGAAGAAGAAGAAAAAUGGACGACAGCAGACAAAACGAGCAGAGGCCAGACUCAGGACGCCGUGUCCGUACGGGAAGGACUGCUACAGGAAGAACCCGAUGCAUUUCCAGGAGAGCAGCCACCCGGGUGACACCGACUACGAGGAGGAGGAGGAGGAGGAGGAUGAGACGCAGGAGGAAGACUUACCCGAGUGUCCAUACGGCACCGACUGCUACAGAAAAAAUCCUCUUCACAGGAAAGAAUACAAACACACAAAGAUACCAGGUCGCUCUACCCGCACCGUCCACAAAAAGGUUGGUAACGAUGAUGAUGGGGAUGAUGAUGAUGAAGAGGACGAGUACGACAACAGCUUCAUCGAUGACGACAGCGAGGACGCGGGCGAUGACUCGGACUACAAGCCUCCUGCCUCUGACGACAGCGGUAAGGAGGACAUCAAGGAACUACAGAAGGAGGCAAAGACCUUCAUAAAGAGGAGGAAAUAAAUACACAACGUCUUUUCUUUUUUUGUUUGUUUUUUUUAAGCUGAAUCAGACAGAUAAAGUCUAAAUACAGAUAGACGUAAAGGGAGAAAAGAGAGUUUUGUUUGGAUCUGAUCUUUGUUAGUAAAAAUGCAUUGUAUUUUAGUGUUGAGUUUUUAGAAUACAGCUAUAAAACAAAUGUUGUCCUUUUUAAAUCUUUGCUUUUAGCCUCUUUGAUUAUCCUGUUUUCUGUCCUCAACAUCAGACUUUAACAUUAAGACAAAUGAAGGGUUUAAUCAGCCCACAAACUGUGUAAUCCGAGCUAAUAAUAACUCAUCUUUCUGACUGUACAACUAUUGCAAAAAGCUCUCAUUCUUCAGGUGAUGCAUUAUUUCUGUAUUUUAUAAAUACAGAAAUAAUGUUUAUAAAAGAACAUUUUUUACCACAUUUACUCAAAAACAGAGAUACAUGAAACACAAAUCUAGAAAGUAAAACAAUUUCCCAAAGCAGUCCCUAAAACCCACAUUUUCUCCCUAAAAUCUUAGCUUUUAGCAUCUUUGAGUAUCCUGUUUUCUGCCAUCAGCGUUUAACAUGAACUCAAAUCAAGGGUUUAAUCAGUCUGAGACAAGAUUAAGUCAAGUUUGUCCUUUAUACAACUAGAAAUAAACCUGAGACAGUCUAAGUCCUCAGGUGAUGUAUUUAUUCCAGAAAUAGAAACAUAGCAGUUUAUCAAAGACAGCUGAUUUUUAAAUUCCCUAAGAAAACAGAAAUGCAUGAAACACACAUCUAGAAAGUGGCAAACCGUCCCAAAGCCAUCCAUAAAACCCCACAUUUUCUCCCUAAAAACGUAGCUUUUAGCAUCUUUAAUUAUCCUGUUUUUAUCUCCUCUACAUCAGACUUUAACAUGAACACAAAUCACAGGUUUAAUCAGCUCAGAUGGGUUGUAAUCUAAGCAAUGCAUUCAGACGCUUUGUCAUUGUGCAAUCAUGUUCCUCUCUUAGUCUUUAUUUUUGUUUUCCUUCUUUCCAAACGUAGAACAUUACAGAGCUGAUUUCAAAAUGCACUCAAAAAACAUGGGGUUCAUGUAUGAGUGGAAAAACAUCCGCUGUCCUCGAAACCACAUUUUCUCCCCCCCAUAUCUCCGCUUUCAACACCUUUUAAUUAUGCUGUUUUCUCUCCUCAAUAUCAGAUUCAACAACAACACAAGUCGAGGGUUAAUCAGCUCAGAAAUCUUCUAUCAAUUGAUCAGUUUAGUCCUUUAUACAACUAGAAAACAAACCUGAUGCAGCAUCGGUCUUAAGCAUUUGAUAUUCACACGGUAUGUCAAGAAUAUCUUUCACAAGUAGACCCUAAAAAACAGAGGUUGGUGGAGCAGGUGUCUCCACAUGUAGCUGAAAUCUAUUCUUAAGCUGCCCCUGAAAGCCAUUUUUUAUCCCUAGAACAUUAGCUUUUAGGAGCUCAUAUUGCUCUGUUUACUAUCCUCAACAUCAUCCUUUAACCUGAAGCUGAACCUGAAGUCACUCAGAAAUCAUGUCAUUUUGUCCCAUUUUUGGAAACAUCAGCUCUUGGAAGCAAUAUAAAAUGAGUCUGGUGUCGAUGUCUGUUUCCCAGUGGACUGCAGUAAAUCCAUUUCCAAAUGUUUUGUUAAUUAAGAAAUGUUCCCUUGCAAAUUGAAGUGAAUUUAAGAGGGCAAACCACUAACUGUUCUUUCCAAACCACUGAAGCCAGUAAGGAUUUGGAUUUUCAUUGUAUUUUUAUAAAAGAUUUACUAUGUUGUUUAAGUCUUUUUUCAGGUGAAGCUCCAUCUCUUCCCGUCUGGGAUUGAUUCUGCUCGUGUAAAUAUGUAUAAUUCAGGAGUAAAUCUCGUAUAAUUGUUAUCUAGAACUGUUUUUCUUAAGCUGUUUAAAUACAUUUAUUGAAAACA